AUGAAUUAAAGUCUAGAGAAAAUUUCUGCUGAAGAAUGGCAUCAUAAUUAAAACAAUAUUGUAAUUCCAAAAGCUUAAAUGAAUGAAUUAGUCCUCAAUUUCUUUAUUGUUGAAGGUUAUAGAGAUGCUGCAAUUGAAUUUUCUAAAGAGGCUGGAAUUUAAUGUAAUAUUUAAAAUGUACUAUAACAAAGUGUCUAAUAAAGAACUUGAUAAAAUGAUUGAGAGAAUUGAGAUAAAAAAAAAUAUAUUAAAUGGUGAAAUUGAUUUAGCCUUAGAAAAAGUAUCUAUGAGCAAUAACAAAUAAAUUCUUUUUAAAUUGAAAAUGCAAAAACUAAUAGAACUUAUUAAAACAAAUGAAUUAGAUUAAGCUGUUACAUAUGCACAAAAUUAAAUUAUAGAGUUCUUAAAAGAUUAAGUAUAAUAUUAUAUUUUAUAAAGCCUCAUCUUAUAGAUGAAAUUGAAAAGGCUAUGUCUUUAUUAGCUUACAAAGAUCUUAAUAAAUGUCCUUUAAGUCAUUUGACUUAAAACUCAUAAAGAAUUAAAGUAGCUAGCGAAGUCAAUUAAUAAUUAUUUUAAGACUCUUAAGGAAAUGAACAAGCUAAAAUAACAAUACUAAUGAAAAUAUUAUAAUGGGCAUAAGAAUUAUUGAAUUCUAAACUUUAAUAUCCUCAUUUAAUAGAAAUAUCUAAAGGGUAAUUCUCAAAAGAAUAAUGA